AUGACCAGUCUAGAGGAGGUUCCCUUUAAGAGCCCUCUGGGGCCACUACAGGAGCUGGGGCCCCUGGGAGGAGAGAUAGAGCUGGUUACGGCCCCAGAGUUCACCAUACCAGACCAUCUCCAGAUACUACAAGACACUGAGUAUGAGUUCACCUUAGAGAACUGGGUGAUGUCUGCGCUCCAUGGAGGAUGCUACCGACCCUGGGAUGUCCCGUCCCCAUCCUGUCCUCCGUACUGGCUCAUGUUCUCCAGUCCCCAAGAGAGUCGCUCGGCCAGCAGGUGGAACAGUGAUCUGCGGGGCUCUGCCCUCCGACCAAGGAGCCACAGCCUAAGCUCUGUGGACACACGUCACCUUAACCACCACCCUCAACCCCACCCCCACCACCGCUGCCAGCAUAGCCACCGAAAAAUCAAGUUAAUGGUCUCCGACUCGGAAGACGAAGCUGGCUACUCAGAAGACGACGAGGGCUCCUCCACUGAAGAUAACGCCUCAGACUCAAAGACACACCGUGGAGCCUGUCACGGUGGUGAACGGCCUCGGUCGCAAAGCUCUGCACCAAAACACCCAUUAUCCAGAGUCAAAGACCAACAUCUUGGAUCUUCAGGAUCUUCCUCGGCGCAUCACCACUCUAACCAGCCUUCCACUGGUGGUCGAGGCUACCAGGAUCGCAACAGGAGGGCCAACUCAUCCUCCGUCCUGGACUGCAGGAGGCAAGGGUCAUUUACCGGGCUCAAACAGGAGCAGGGGCGUUCCAUCAGCCCACUUUGCCAUGGUCAGGCCAGGAGUCCCCAGAAGGAUUUCAGAAGCCAGCAGCAGGUGUCAUCGUCCUCUGGCCUGGAAGAGUCUUUUGUGCGGGCUAGCAGUGCCCAGUGCCAUGGCGAUCAGAGGCACUAUAGCAGAAAGAGGCAGCAUUCUUUGUGGUCAAGGGGAAGGAAAAACUCUGUGACCCCACAGCAGCCACAACGACCCUCUUCAGCUGGCCCUGAAAUCAAGAACAACAGGCAGACUACUCUGCGUCCGCGUAGCUCACACGGCAUUGGCUGUGACUCAUCUGCAGAGUUGCUGACGGCCCUAAGUCAGGAAGAGAGAGAGCUACUGGAGGCCAUCACUGAGCAGGGCUACCCUCUACACACUGCCAUCCUGGCUUUGCAGAAGACUGGCCACCGCAACCCACAACAGAUCCUGAGUUACCUGGUUGCCAGUGACCGUCUGUGUGCGCUGGGCUAUGAAGAGGCUCAGGUGGAGGAGGCCAUGGAGAUGUUCCAGAACUGUGAGAGCAAGGCUGGUGAAUUCCUGCAGCUCCUGGCUCAGUUCAAUGAGAUGGGCUUCCAGCAGAGUGCCAUCAAAGAGGUUCUACUGGUCCACGAGAACCACAGGGAGAGGGCCCUGGAGGAUCUCAUGACACAGCACAACUAAUGGCUGU